AUUCUUUUAUAAUGCAACUCUUAUAAGAAACAAGCAUAACAAUCAGAUGAAGAAAGAUUGUACAAUAUCUAAAUUUCAGGGGACCACUUUGAAAUAAUAUAAAAGCUGAGGAACCAAAAAACCGAAAGUCAAAGCGAAACUCCUGUUACUUUUGCUCCGUCACUUGCAUUGACUUAUUCCUUAGCUCCCCAACACGACUGUCAACAGCAACGCCACCAUCCAAUCCCUCCGCCGCCGCCGUUUUCCUCUCAAUCGCUACCAAUUCCUCCGCCGACGCAAAAAUAAAAUAUACACCGGCGAUUUCAUGAUGGGUGAGCAAACCCUAGUACAAACGAAAACCGAAAUCUCUGAUGCCAUCGUUGUAUCAGACCCUCCUGUCGAUAUUCCCUCAAACCCUUCAAAAAUCCCAAUUCGCCCCCAGAAAAUCCGUAAACUCUCUUCAACUACCGACCAAAAAACACUCCAAACUGCCGAUUCAUCGCAAUGUGUAGUCGCAAUCACCAAGAAUCGUCGGAGGGGUUCAUUAAAAUCUACAAACGCUUUGCCCCAAAUCAUCAAACCGUUAUCAGCUAAUGGAGAAAUUGAGAAUGCCCUUCAUCAUCUACGUUCAGCAGACCCACUUUUAGGUUCCUUAAUAGAUACUCUUCCUUUCCCAGUUUUUGAGUCGGAUCAACUUCCUUUUCUAGCACUUUGUAAGAGUAUUCUCUUUCAACAAUUAGCUUAUAAAGCGGGGAGUUCCAUUUACAAUCGUUUCAUAUCACUUUGUGGUGGUGAGGAUGUCGUCUGCCCUGACGUUGUUCUCUCCCUCUCUGCUCAACAGUUCAAGGAGAUUGGUGUCUCGGGGAGAAAAGCGAGUUACCUUUAUGAUCUUGCGAAUAAGUAUAGGGCUGGGAUUCUGUCGGAUGAGAGUGUUGUAAAGAUGGAUGAUCGGUCUUUGUUUACAAUGCUUUCGAUGGUGAAAGGGAUUGGUUCUUGGUCAGUACAUAUGUUCAUGAUACAUUCCCUUCACAGACCGGAUGUUUUGCCUGUUAGCGAUUUAGGGGUUAGGAAAGGAGUGAGAAUGUUAUAUGGGUUGGACGAAUUGCCAAGGCCGUCGCAAAUGGAGCAAUUGUGUGAGAAAUGGAGGCCGUACCGGUCAAUUGGGGCAUGGUAUAUGUGGCGGUUAAUUGAGGGAAAUGGAAUCUCAACUACUGCAGCAAUAGUGAUGGAGGGUGGUCAUGUGCAGCCCUUGCAGCAAAUUGAACCUCAGCGGGAGGUACAACAACAUCAAUUGCAACUUCUGGAGCCUAUUAACGGCGUUGGCAAGCUUGGGGCUUGCGUUUGGGGUCAAUGAUUGAGGUGCUGGUGCUGGAAACAUUGCGAGUUGAGAAGAGGUGGAUUCUGAAGUGUGUGGGUGCCAAUAGUAGCUUAUGUUAGUAUUGAGCUUUUAUGAUAGGGAUUCAAUGGUCAGUAGAAUUGCAGAACAGUAGGUGCUGUAAAGCACUUGUAAAUAGCAGACCUCUCAUGAUUUUUGUAGGGAACCACAUUUUCACGAAGCAAAGGCAUUGGAAUGCACUGGUUUUAGUUGAGUAUGUAUGAGAGUGAUCAGGCUCUCGUCUUAGUUUUGGUCCCUUCUCUUGCUACUAACUGAGGCUAUUCAAGUACAGCCCAUGACACGUUGGCAUAUGGAAUCUUGGGCACCAAAUUGGGUUAUGUAUUUUUGUAGGAAAUUACCACCAAGCACGUUGGAAGUAGAUGUUCUUGAACUUUUGACCAUUCGACCUCAUGUAAACUCUCCAAGACAAAAUUCAAAGCUUGUUAAACUUGACUUAGAAGUUCAAGACCAUACACCUUCCAGGUCAUUCUUGUUUUUAACCUGUGUUUUGAUUGCCACUUUGUGUUGGAAAGGUUUCAUAUCAACUUUGUAUAUGGGCUAUUGAGGCUUGUUCAUUUGGAUUAUGUAAUUUUGUUGGCAGUGAAGAAGGUAUUGCAUCAGCUUGUAUUUUUAGACUGAACCUAUGUUCACAAUGGGCCACAAAAAAUAAAGACAAAGCGUUGAUGGAAAUGGAGUUGUGUCAGUCAGUGUCAUGUCAUCUUCAAAAGCUGCUCAGCUAUUUAGCAAUCAACAAUGCAGAGAACUCUCUUUAUAUGUUGCAGAGGAAUUCAUUCCGUUCGCUUUCGGGGGAAAUACAGAUAGAUAUCCAGACCUGAUUUCCUUCUUUUAAAACUUUACAAAGCCUAUUAGUAUAACAAGUCUUCGCGAUCUUAUUAUUUUAAGUCUUCCAUAAUAAGUGCAAUCAUUGAGAAAAUAUUUGAUGUUACAAGCCUUAUCUUCGGUUGAAAGAGCUCAAGGGAUCAAGAAUCGGGGAGGGGAUAUCUAACACGAUAUUUAUACACUAACUUUACUAGGGAUGCAAGUACAUAUUUCUUUGAAAUUUAGCCAUCUAGGGAGAAUUUAUUCAACCUAUCAUAUCCUUGAGAUAUAUUUGACAUAAGGUGAAAGGGAAUCGUAGGACCUUUACUCGUUUGUUAGAAUGUAUAAAAUAAUACUGAAUAUAUUGUAUUAGUAAUACUGAGAUCAGUAGUGCAGAGAUUAGUAAUAUUGAAAUUAUUUUUUAUGCA